GACGCUAGUAAAAAUAGUGUUUACAUAUACAGGAAAAUAAGUUACUAAUGCAAACAAUGUAAAAUAAAAUCAGUUUCGCCUCGAAGGAUCAGAAACGUCCUAUCGAAAAUUAACUUAGUAAGUCUUUCUCUCAUAAAAUGUCUACAAGGAUAACGACCGAGUUCCUAACAGUUGACGAAUGGACUGAACGUUUCAGUAAGUAUCCUUUACACAGAGCAGCAGAAUUUGGUAAUCUUAAAGCUGUAAGAUCACUUCUACAGGCUGGACAUUCCCCAAAUGAGUCAAAUUAUGACUGUCUGACACCCCUUCAUGAAGCUUGUGUCAGAGGACAUGUGGAGUGUGCAAGUCUUUUAAUUGAAUAUGGAGCAAAGGUAAAUGCACCUUGUAUAGAGGGCAGCACUCCUCUCUGUGAUGCAUGUGCUGCUGGAAGUGCUGAAUCUGUACGUCUCUUGAUGAAGCAUGGAGCAGCUGUCAAUCCACCGUUGGUUUUAACAACUCCUCUCCAUGAAGCAGCACUUCGGGGUGACUUGGAAUGUGUCCAACUUCUUAUAAAAGCUGGAGCUCGUUUAGAUGCUAUGGAUUGUCACUUCGGGACUCCUCUCCAUGCUGCUACAUUCAUGCAGAACACUCUCUGCGUAAAGGCACUACUUCUUGCUGGUAAUUUUAGUUUACAACAUGGCAGUUCAUCCUCGUAGCAUCAAUAUAGAGUU